CUAAACCCUUGUCCAUUUCCCUCCCAAAACCCUAACCCCCAAAUCCGAGCCACCUCUCCUCCCAUGGCGCGCUCGAGCUCCGUCACCGAGGCCGAGGUCGGCAUCACCUGCUUCACCUCCUCCUCCCUCCCCGGCUUCCGCGGCGUCCUCAAGCACCGCUACUCCGACUUCAUCGUCCACGAGGUCGCCCGCGACGGCUCCGUCGUCCGCCUCACCUCCCUCGAUCUCCCCGACGAGUGCGUGGAGCCGAAGGAGGAGAAGGCGGCGCCGUCGGCCGACGCGGACCACUCGCAGGCUCUCGAGAAGUUCAGUGGGCUCUGCGGCGACGCGGACUGCAGUGCGGUUAGAGGGCUUAUCGAGAAGGCUGCGGCCGGCGGCGAGGCUGAUUUCCCGCCGGUUAUCCUCUCGCCUGACGCCGACAAAGCUCAUCGAUCGGAGGUGCAUGGCUUCUUCAAGAAUAACUUCAAGUUCUUGGUCACGGACACGGUGGAACACAGCGACGGGGUACAGAAAUGCAUCAGGGUUCGUGUGGGAUCUGAAGCUGGAGGAGGGCGAGGUCGUGGCGGUGGUGGUGGCGGGAGGGGCCGUGGUGGGAGGGGUGGUGGCGGGAGAGGAAGGAAGAGGAAGGACAUGAAUGGCUCUGAUUGGGGGCCAUAUGACAGUAGAGGGUCGUCUAAUUGGCCAGCCCAUAUUGGGAAGUUCAUGAGGUUUUACCUUUGCAAAGAAAACAAGGACACACAAGAUGCACUGGGUGUAAUAGGAAAAAUGUUAGGACUCCAGUCACGCGCAUUUGGGUUUUCAGGAACAAAGGAUAAACGUGCUGUUACCACGCAACAGGUCACUGUUUUCAAGGUACCAGCUAAUAAAUUAGCUGCACUGAAUAAGCGACUGUAUGGCAUUAAAGUUGGAAACUUCUGUUAUGUGAAGGAGGGACUUGGUCUAGGUCAACUCAUGGGAAAUCGAUUUACAAUUACUCUGAGAGGCGUUGUUGCAGAAUCUGAAGACGUGAUAAAGGCUGCUGUGGAUGGUUUAGGAAAGAAUGGAUUUAUCAACUACUAUGGUUUGCAGCGCUUUGGAAGUGGUUCAGUACCAACACACCUCAUUGGAGCUGCUUUGCUUAGAGGAGAAUGGAAAACUGCUGUGAACUUGGUUCUUGAUCCAAGGGAAGGAGAGCGUGAUGACAUAAAGGAGGUGCGUGAACAUUACAAGCAACAUGGUGAUAUUGAUAUGGCACUGAGGAACUUCCCUCGCCAUCUUGUAGCUGAGAGGUCUAUUCUUCUAUGUUUGAGGAAAUCCCCUGAUAACUACCUACAAGCAUUAAAGGGUAUACCAAGAACGUUAAGAAUGAUGUAUGUACAUUCUUACCAAAGUUACCUUUGGAAUCAUGCUGCCAGCAUGAGAGUUGAGAAGUAUGGCAUUUCACAGGUUAUAGAAGGUGAUUUAAUUUAUAGCAAAGAAAGCCGUCCAGAAGAAGCAACUUCCGUGGGUACCUCAGAAGCUGAUGAUGGCCAUACAAAUUCGUCUGACCUUGAUAUUUCUUCUGAAAUACUUCCAGAAGAAAAUAUCCAAUCCGUGAAGAUAGUCGAUUCUGAAGAUUUAUUGAAAGGGAUUUACUCGUUUGAAGAUGUUGUCCUUCCUUUACCUGGUUCACAAGCAUUGUUCCCUGGGAAUGAAGUUGCUGAGAUUUACCAUGAAAUAGCUAAAAAGGAUGGCAUUAGCUUGACAGAAAGUGCUCAUGGUGUGAAGGAGUUUUCCAUUACAAACAUGAAAGGAGGUUACCGUCGGGUGUUCCAGAGGCCUAUUGAUUUUGAGUGGGAACUGAUGACAUACACGGACGACAGUGCAUCCUUAGCAGAAACUGAUCUGGAUCUUUUGUCCAAAGACAAGCUUACAGAUGCAAAGGUAGCUGCAAAUGAGCCCACAUCUACUGGAAAUUCUGUCUCCAAGACAGCUGAUUGCAAGUUGGAAGGGCCAUUGCAGACCUCCACGCCAACUAGUGAAACUAGCGUAGUAGAAAACAAGUCGAUUGGCAGCUCAGAUACAUUGCCAAGCAAACUGGCUGUGAAAUUAACAUUUACUUUACCUGCAUCAACCUAUGCUACGAUGGCAAUCAGGGAACUGCUUAAGAACUCAACCUCGGUCUCGUACCAGAAAACACUCCAUUGCUAAGUUUUCUCUAUGGGAAUUGAUCUGUGAUCUCGAGGACGUGAUAUGGUUAAGCUACAUGAGUAGUGAGAGCUUCAGUUGGAUCCAAGAAUCAACGAAUGAGCAACCCAGUGAUGCUCACGCAAACAAUACGAGUGUUCGAAACUAUGUACUGAGCGCAAAACUUGCGGUUCUUAUGUUGUACUAGAAUGGGGCAUGUCAUAAUAAAGAUUGUAUGACUUUUGUAACAAAAUCAGGGUAUGAAAGCUGCCUGGGGUAUCGAGACAAAGCUGAGAUUUUGCUGGAUGGCA